AUGGUUUCAGUACCUGAAAUACUGAGCCUUAAACCCGAUGCUGCGGUCACUCAGAUCACCAUAGAGACAGUUGGAUUGUUGUUCUAUGGCGUUUAUGCAGAGGUUUCACCAACUCCAGCUAAACAGCCCCCACCAGAACCGAUACACAAUCCUUCUCAGACUUUUCCUCAACCAGAAAAAUCCUAUUUACCCAUGUUUACCUUGAAUUAUCCUCGUGUUCAGAUUCCGUUCGAAAUUACUUUAUGGGUGUUACUUGCUUCAUUUGCGAAAGUCGGUUUCCAUGUGUACCAUAAGAUCACAGUCUGGGUACCAGUGACAUGCUUGCUGAUUGCUAUUGGCCUAGUGGUUGGAGCCAUAAUGCAUUCUGUAAAUGAGAAGCCCCCAGCUGUCCUCACCUCCAGUGUCUUUUUUCUCUAUAUGCUGCCACCCAUUGUUUUGGACUCAGCCUACUUCAUGCCUACUCGGCCCUUAUUUGAAAAUUUGGGCACAGUUAUGUGGUUUUCCAUUGUGGGAACCUUAUGGAAUUCUGUUGGUGUUGGCAUCUCUCUAUAUGGUAUCUGUCAGAUACCAGCCCUUGGCAUUCAGGAUAUCAACCUGCAGGAGAACCUACUCUUUGCCUCGAUUAUCUCAGCUGUAGAUCCAGUGGCAGUGCUGACUGUUUUUGAGGAUGUCAACAUCAAUGAGCAGCUGUACAUUGUGGUAUUUGGCGAAUCCUUGUUUAACGAUGCCGUCACUGUGGUGCUGUAUAAUCUCUUUAACCAUGUGGCGAUGUUGCCAGUGGUGGAUGCUGCAGACGUCUUUCUGGGUAUGGCACAAUUUUUUGUGGUAGGUCUUGGUGGAAUACUCUUUGGCUUCCUGUUUGGCUUUGCAGCAGCGUUCACCACUCGCUUUACAUGGAAGGUGAGAGAGAUCGAGCCCCUCUUCAUCUUUAUGUACAGCUACCUGGCCUACUUGGUGGCUGAGCUCUUUUCCAUCUCAAGCAUCAUGGCGAUUGUGACGUGUGCCUUGACCAUGAAGUACUACGUGGAAGAGAAUGUGUCCCAGCGCUCAUGCACCACCAUUCGCCACGUCAUAAAAAUGCUUGGCACUGUUUCAGAGACACUUAUCUUCUUCUUUCUGGGUGUUGUUACUAUAACAACAGAACAUGAGUGGAACUGGGGCUAUAUCCUCUUUACUGUGCUCUUUGCUGAAAUCUGGAGGGGUGUAGGCAUCCUGGUCCUAACACAGAUAAUUAACCCAUUUCGUACCAUCCCAUUCAACUUUAAAGAACAAUUCGGUCUCGCCUAUGGUGGCCUUAGAGGUGCUAUAACAUUUGCAUUGGCCUAUACUCUUCCAAACACUAUUCUUCGCAAAAACCUUUUCGUCACAACCACAAUUGCUGUCAUCCUCUUUACAGUGUUUAUCCAGGGCAUCAGUAUAAGACCUAUUAUUGAACUGAUGAAUGUACGGAAGACAAACCGUAAUCAUGGGACUAUAAACGUUGAGAUUCACAAAAGGUUAAUGGAACACAUCACUGCUGGAAUAGAGGAUGUAUGUGGACAGUGGAGCCACCACUCCUUAAAAGACAAGUUCAUGAGGUUCAAUAACCGUGUUAUCCGUAAAAUUUUAAUCCGUGAUAACCGGGCCGAGUCGAGUAUUGUGGCUCUUUACAAAAAGCUAGAGCUGCAAAAUGCCAUGGAGAUCCUGGAUACAAUUACUGGAGACCUCAGUGCAGCACCUUCAGUCAUCUCCCUUCAAGAAAAGAUAAAUUCUGAUAAACCUAGGAAGACAUUCUUGACAGCUGAUCUAUUCGAAAUGCAUGACAUUCUGUCAAAGAACAUGUAUAACAUCAGAGAAAGGACGGUGUCUUACACCAAUAAGCAUGCCUUACCCAAUGACAGUAGAGCCAGAGAGAUUCUGAUCCGACGACACACCAGCAUCCGACGUAGCCUCAGACCUAAAAGAACCCACGGAUCGGAUACAGUCCGGACCCCAAAAUACUUCUCUUUGCCUGUGGGUCAGAGUUUGAACUACCGAUCUGCUACUGAAAGAGCAAGUGCAAAUGAUGGUGCUGAUUCUGCAUUAAAGCCUAACUAUCCAUUACCCAGACCUAGAUUUAGGCAGCCUCCACAAAUUCUCUCCAAACCCUCGACGACUCGUAGGAGACUGGAGCCAUUUCAAGAAACGUAUUCUGCAGAGGUCACUGUAGAUGAGCCGAAUGAAGAGCAGAGGAGCCGUACCCCAUCAAGCAGGAGCUCCAGCUUUGCUCAGGCCAGGUUUUCAGCAAGAUAUCAGCACAUUUACCAAAGCACCAGUGACCGUGAGGCUGAUGUUGAAGAGCCACACACUGCAUCUCUAUCUAUGCAAUGGACUCCUGAGCCACCUGAGCGAGGCAGUGGGGAAGUACAAAAUCCACUGCUAAGCAGAACACAGUGGAAGCCACAGGAUCUACAUGGUCCACCGAGAUGAUAAGAACUUUAGGUUUAAAAGUAAUGUGACUGGAAUGAUGACAUGAGGAAUGUAAUGCACUGCUGUACCUGGACUAAAACAGGAUUAACCAGUCACAGGGUGUGACUUAGAGUUCGCCUACAGGCGUUCCUUCAUUGUCUUACACUGAGUAGAGGGCUUUGCUGGGCUUUUAGUAUAUUUCAGCAAGUUUUGUGUUCCUAUUUCAUUGAGAAUAUUUAAUAAUACACUAGGGUGCUGAUUAACCUAAUUAAAAAAAAUGACACUAAUAAUUGUUUUAGCAGUUUAUAUAGAAUAGCAACAUCUAACCAUUAUAAUUUCUGGAAUUUGAUGUUUAUUAAUUAUAUUUAUUUUACAAUUAUGUUAUUUUAUUAUGUUUUUGUUUAAUGGGAUCUGCCGUGUUUCCAGCAGCACUUAACUGGUGUUUUACCUGCCUGUUUGUUUAGUGCAAAGUUGUAUUUUUGAUAUUAAAACAUCUUAUUUGUGUG